AUGAACCAGGCGCAGCCCGUCCGCACCGGCGACGUCUACCCACCGACUGCCGCCAAGCGAGAGGCGAGCCACGAGCGGGACAAGAUCAUUGGACAAGGCCAGCAGCGGUGCAACGACCUGCAUGUCGAGGAGACAACUCUUCCCGCCGGCAGACGCAUGGUCACCGCCAGCGCGGGGGCCAGGUACCCGGUGAUGGCACAGUUCGCCGUGCCGGUGCCGGGGGCCACGGACGCGGUCACCAUCGCCGAGGCCAUCGACGCGGCGGCGCAGACGCCGGCGGGCGACAAGCCGGUGGACCUCGAGGACGCGGCGGCGGCGCAGGCCGCGGAGAUGCGCGCCACGGGGCUGCGCGGCGGCGUGGCGGCCCGCGCGCAGCAGGCCCGGGAGACGAACGCGAAGCGAGCGGCGGAGGGCGGCGGCGGCGACAAGCAGGUGACGCUCAGGGACGUGGUGCGUGGCGCCGCCGGGGCGCCGAUGCCCGCCGACAAGGUGGCCACGAGGGAGGACGCCCAGAUGGUGGCGGCUGCCGCGGCGCGCAACGUGGGGAAGGGGGCCGGCGCCGGACCAAAAAAAGCAGAAAACCACAAUUGGCCCAGACCAAAAAAAAAAACAAAAAAACAACUAAAAAUGGCCUAUGCAGGUCUCGAACCUGCGACCUUCGCGUUAUUAGCACGACGCUCUAACCAACUGAGCUAA